AGGAUGAGAAUAUAAUACAUGACAUAUCGGUGUAAUACAGUAAGUAGCCUGUUAGGAUUUCCCCUUGGAACUGACCUUUCGCACAGUCUUUGAUAACACAUUGAGGAAGUUGGUCCUCUGUGCUACAUAUAAAGAAAUGGCAAGCGUGUUUAGAGCGAGCAUUCAAGAAGAAACACUGCAAUUGCAGAGUCACCAUGACGCUGUCGUCCGUCAUCAAAGGUAACCUGAUUAUUUCCUCGCGCCAGCCCGUUUGAUUCAGUGUAUCAUGCUUGUAAAGAAGCCGUUUCUCACCACAGCUCUGGGCUCUUUGAGUCUGUUGCUAGCGGAUGCUUCUCCAGCAGUGUCUGAAUAUGCAUUACCAGCCAUCAUUGGACCUGACCACCUUCAAAUAAAGGCUCAACUAGGGCAGCCGUUAGUUCUCCAUUGUGCAGCUCUGACCAACUGCGGCCAUGAUGUGACACUCCUCUACUGGCUCGUCAAUGGCUCGUUCCCUGAAGACAUUUACACCAGUGGCAGAAUAACUGAGUUAGACACAUCCACGUUGGAGGAUGGUUCAAUUCAAGUGGGGAGUUUGCUUCUGAAGAACGUCACCUUAGAGGACCUCGACGCUUCCUUCACCUGCGUGGUGAUCAAUGGUGUUGGAAUGGCUCACAAGAAUGUGACACUCACAGCUACAGCUACUGACUGUUAUGCGCGGAAAAAAAAGAAAAUACCGGGUGCUGUGUGACACAAGUUACCAUCAUUUGUGAAACUACAGUGGAUAUAAAAGGUCUACACACCCCUUUUCAAAUGCCAGUUUUUUUUUUGUGUGUGUGUGUGUGUGUGUGAUUUGAAGAAAUGAGACCAAGAUAAAUAAUUGAUAGCCUUUUAAUGUGGCAUUACCUCAAUAAACAACUCAAGUGUAAGGGGGGGAAAAAAACGAAAUGUGCUUGCACAAGUGUGCACACCCUCUUAACUGUGGCCACUUCUAGAACUUGUAGAAUUUGGGGUUCAUCAGAGGCUCCUAAAAUGGUGUCAAGUGUGUGCUGACUCCUCUUUAGCUUGAAUUUGAAUGUGAUUGGUUCAUUCUCAACACAGCCAUGCGCCCUGGUUAUAAGCGGGUGUGUGCACUUGUGCAAUGUGAUUGGUUCAUUCUCAACACAGCCAUGCGCCCUGGUUAUAAGCGGGUGUGUGCACUUGUGCAACCACUUUAUCUCAGCCCCCCCCCUUCA